CUCCUAACUCUCAACAGGGAAGCAUAUAAACAAAUAACUCAAAAUGUCAGUCGUUUAAGCAGUCAGAUUAUCCACUCAGCAGCACUUAACUUGAGUAAAAGUUUAGUGCUAGCUGUUUGGCUACAAUUAAUAACAGACGAUCAGCGGACACAGUUUGAUCAAAAUAAUCAAAUUUCAUAAAGUCAUAUAGUAUGUAAAUCAAAGGAGGAGGAGAAAAAAAGUAUUUUCACCCUGCUGAGCCACAAAUCUACAAAUUUCAUUUGUGACAUGACUACACUAUUAGCAUGCCAUGUAAAAUAUUCACAUGCACACAUAAGCUUUAUCUAUAUUCUAAAGUAGAUAUUUAAACAACUUUGCUUUUGCUUAGUGUUUCGUGCUUUAACCUUGUGUGGUUAUAAUUGGUGUGUUCUGAUUGCUUCAAAUAUCAAGUGGAUUUAUGGAGGGCUCAUGUUUAGCUGAGUGACAAGAAAAAGCUAAUUAACUCGAUUAUUUAAUCACUUUUUGAAAUGUUUAACAGGUUAACGGUUAGGGGAUGAGCAGAGAGGCAAUAUAAGUGGCUUGUCCUUGAAGAGUAGUGUGUAGUGGUGGGAAAUAUUUUAAAAGCUAUAUUCUACAUGUUUUAUUUCUGUAAAACACAUUUUACACUUCCCUCUCUUUAAUAUUCUUCUCCUGUCCUGCAUCAUCACCUGCACACCCACAUUAGGAUCCUCAGUUUCCUCUCCAGGGAGUUUAAUUACAUGCUACUUAAUUCAGUUUCCCUUGCUACACAUUUUUCAUUGUCUUUCUAUUUUAAUGUCCUGCUGCAAUGAUCCAAAGACAUCCAGAUUUUUCCCUCCUGUGCAUCCCGACUUUCUCCCUCAGCGGGGACAGACAGUGAGGCAGGGAGAGAGAACAGGAGCUGCCCAUAAAUCGAAAAGGAGAGGGGAGAGAAAGAGCUGGAGACAGAGCAGAUGCAUUGGCAGGAGCAGAGCCGAGGGCUUUUCUUUCUCCCUCCUGUCUCUUUUGUUGUGUCGGCACAGAUAAAAAUCUGAUGAACGUGGACCACCACCACCACCACCUCACUGCAAGCCUCUUAUCCUCAGCCUGUUGGCUGGAGCUGGAGCUGGGUGUGCGGCAGGCUAACGGCGAGCUAGCAGGGGGGCUGCAAAGCUCUGUGGCAGCGAGAAGAGGAGGAAAAAAAAGGAGGAGGGGCUGUGGUGAGCUGGUGGGCUUCCUCUGCCUCACAGACACAUUUUAUUGACUUGCUAAUUGGAUGAGGCACUCGGAGGAGAGGAUGCAGUGAACGAAAGGAGCUGCUCUCCAGAGGGAUACGGCCAAAAGGAAGCAUUGUUUGGGUUGCAUAAAUCUGGCUACUUUAUCUCUUUUUUUAAAAAAAAAAUUCUGGAGACAUAACAACAGAUGUUUUUCAGCGUCUUCCAGUGACCCUCACACCGUGCAUACAUAAUUUUAUGCAUGACAUUGUCGAAUGGAGGCUCCAGCUGCCAGACGCUUCGUGACAAGUGAAUGAUUUCCAUUUUGAUGUUUUUGCACCCUGUUCCCUUUCACCUGUUUUUUUUCCCCCUCUUGAACUCCUUUUUUACCUCAGCCUUGUUUGAUGUGCCAUUUGACAUGAAUGGUAAUCUGAUGGUGAGAUAAAUUCUUCAACAAAUCAAAUGUACAAGGAACUGUGCAAUGGAUAUUCUUCAGGGAGAAAUGAAGUCUUGUCAUGGUUGCCAUGACUGAGGUGUGCAGGUCUGGCUAGGUCAGAGAGCAGGUGCCACUGUGCUGAAGUCUGCUGUCCCAAUGAGCAAGGCAGGCAACCCACAGAGACGCACCACCUACCUCAUUUCCCUCACUCUGGUGAAGGUUGAGGCUGUGCCAGAAAAUGUAGCAGCGAACCAGAAGGAGGCUCUUCCAGAGGGGGAAGGGAGCCCUAAAAAGGAGGAGGAGGAAGACGAGGAGGAGGAGGAGAAGGAGGCGGAGAAGGAGAAGGAAGUGAGCAAUGCCCCUGAAAAGGAGGAAGGACCUAUAUGUACACAAGUGGUGGAGAGAGAAACCACACAGGUGGAGGAAGAAGUGGAACAGGUGCAGGUCAGGUAUGGCAGCCCCAUUGAGAGCUGGGGGAAGUCUGAGAGGAGGGAAACUUAUGGACACCAAAAAGACAUUGUUUCAGUUGGUAAAAACAAAGACACUUCUUUUGUACAUCCGCCUGUUAGGCAGAUGAUCAAAGUGUAUGGAGGAGCUACCACUGAGGGAACUGUGCGUCGAGAGGGCCCGCGCUCAGAUGCCCUGCGCCCCAAGACGGAGCUCUACAGAGAGCCCCCGGUCCUGUUCCUAAAGGGUGAAAAUGGAGCGGACCUGAGCAGUCGCUCACGUUGCAGCCUCCCUUUUUCCAUCCCACCGCAGGUCAGCCAGCGUCCUGAAGUCCUGAUGAGGUCACAUGCAGGAGGCAACUCCGCAUGCUGGAGGGAACUCAGAGAGGCAAACACAAGCAUGUAUCACUCUGCUAAGACUUUAGAUCGAAGGGACAACCGUAUCGGAGACCAAUCCCCUUUAAUGGCAGCUACAACUCUUGGUCCUUACAGGGCGUCCUGGGCCGACAGCGAUGGCAGGGGCACACUCAUUCGCCCCGGAGCUCCCAUCAGCGGAGGAUUUUCAGGGGUAAUGACAAGGGACAGCCCUCAGGGGGAGAGAUUUAAGACGGUGUCUGUUUCCUUCCCUGCACCUCUUGCCACCGACAUAUCCAGGCCUCAAAGAAAAGGUACAAGUCGUACCCUGGACAGCAGUGAGCCAGAUUCCCUCUCUGAGGAGCUGAAGAAGGGAAAGGAAGGCCAGGGGGGAACAAUCCAGCGAGCUCCUCCCCGCGACAGAAAGAUGCUGAAGUUUAUCAGUGGCAUUUUCACCAAAAGUACAACUGUGCCGCCCAGCGUCAACACUGCACCUCCCCUCUAUCCAGCUGUGGAGAGGGGCUCGAGUGAGGAGGAAGCUGCAUGCACCAGCAGUCAGGAAUGGACCAUGAGCCAAACUAUACAAGAGCUUCACUUGGGUGUUUUGGGAGGUCUGUGCAGUGGGAAGUCUGCCCUGGUCCACAGACACUUGACAGGAAGUUACCUACAGCUGGAGAAUGCUGAGGGGCGCCAGUACAUUAAGGAUGUCCUUGUUGAUGGACAGAGCCACCUGUUGAUAAUCAGAGAAGAGACGGAGCUCCCAAGUGCUCAGUUUGCAAGUUGGGUGGAUGCAGUUAUUUUGGUCUUCAGUCUGGAAAAUGAGGCCAGCUUUCAGGAAGUUUACAAAAUCUACCACCAGCUCGCUAUCCACCGGCCUGUUUCUGAGAUACCGUUCAUAGUAGUCGGCACUCAAGAUAAGAUCAGCAGCACCAAUCCCAGAGUAAUAGAUGAUGCCAGAGCCAGACAGCUUUGCUCAGACGUGCGGCGCUGCACUUACUAUGAAACCUGUGCAACGUACGGCCUCAAUGUGAACAGAGUCUUCACUGAUGCUGCUCAGAAGAUUAUAACAGCCAAGAAACAAGCUGCUCUACUGGCGUCCUGUAAAUCUCUCCCCAACUCUCCCAGUCACUCUGGAGGUUCCACCCCAGUGUCGGGAGUCUUUCCAGGACAGGCCAGUAAUGGUGGUCAAAGCAGUGACUACUCCUCAUCACUUCCCUCCACUCCUGUGAUCAGCCAUAAGGAGCUCGGCAGGACAGUGAGGGGGGAAAAACAGGAAGGUGCCACGCCUGGGUCAGUCCGCAGUGCCACCCGGAGACGUACCUCCAGAUUUGCGGGCCGGAGAGGCAGUGACUCAAACAGAAGGAGUGCAGACUGUAAGGCAGAUCUGGGCAGUGGACGCUCCAUUCCCAUCAAACAGGGCAUCUUGCUGAAGCGCAGUGGGAACUCACUGAACAAAGAGUGGAAGAAGAAGUAUGUCACGUUGUCCAACGAUGGCAUACUGUCCUAUCACUCCAGUGUCAAUGACUACAUGCUAAAUGCCCCCGGGAAAGAGAUGGACCUGCUGCGAGUGACAGUGAAGGUGCCGGGAAAGCGACCGCCUCGUGCUGUACCCGCCUGCGGCCUUCCAGUUGGACUCAAUGGACGGGUCAAAGAUGCGCCAGCACUUGAGGGUGUCAGCCCAGUUCCUGUCAGUGCCAGCAGCCUCCUGCAAGUGGAGGAAAUGGAAGGGCUGGGUAGUGCGCUCUUCCUGAGGAGUAACAGAGGUGUGCAGCGAUGUCCAUCUGCACUGUCUAAUCACGCUCAAAGUGUUGACUCUGCAGUUGAGGGUGUGUCUAGCUCGUCCUCCACCAAAGACGUGGGCUCCUCUUCCCCCGUGACAGACAGGAAGAAGCAUCGCAGAAAGAAGAGCAUGAACCAGAAAGGGGAUGCAACCAUUGGCCAAGCAGAUGCCAAGCGCAAAAUGUGGAAGCUUAAAAGCUUUGGUAGCUUAAGAAAUGUGAGCAAGACAGAUGAGGAUAACUUUGACUUCCUCAUUGUGUCGAGCACUGGCCAGACUUGGCACUUUGAAGCCCAGAGUGUGGAAGAGAGGGACUCCUGGGUCCAAGCCAUUGAGAGCCAGAUCCUGGCCAGCCUGCAGCUGUGUGAGAGCAGCAAAAACAAGGCUCGCAAGAACAGCCAGAGCGAAGCAGUGGCUCUGCAGGCGAUCCGCAACGCAAAGGGCAACAACUUCUGUGUUGACUGCGAUGCUCCGAAUCCAACCUGGGCCAGCCUGAACCUGGGCGCUCUCAUAUGCAUUGAGUGUUCAGGGAUCCACAGAAACCUGGGGACCCACCUGUCACGUGUUCGCUCGCUGGACCUUGAUGAUCUGCCACGGGAGCUCACGCUGGUUCUCAGUGCCAUCGGCAACCACAUGGUGAACAGUAUAUGGGAGGCGCGCACUCUGGGCCAUCGUAAACCAGCACCUGAUGCUACACGUGAGGAACGGGAGUCGUGGAUCAGGGCCAAGUAUGAGCAAAAACUGUUUGUGGCACCGUUGCCUCCUCCCACUCCUGGCGAGGGCCCAGACAUCACGCUAUCUGGCCGUCUUCUUUUGGCAGUGAUGGAGCACAACCUCCCCAAGCUGCUGCUACUUUUGGCCCACUGCACUAAAGAGGACAUUAAUGCUCCUCUCAGCAUGGCGCUCUCCUCCAGGUCACUCUUAGCGCUGCGACUGCCCGGCUCUGCCCUGCACGCGGCCUGUCAGCAGAGUGAUGUGGUGAUGACGCAGCUUCUGGUUUGGUAUGGCUGUGAUGUUCGAUAUCGGGACGCUCAGGGGCAGACAGCACUGGUUCUGGCUCGCAAUGCUGGCAGCCAGGAGUGUGUUGACAUCUUGCUUCAGUACGGAUGCCCAAAUGAACCAACCACCGCUGUCGGUUUCACAGCACCUGCGACAUCCAGCCUGACGGUUGCCACGACACUCAAGAUCUCGCACAAGAGCAGCAGCACCAGCUUGAGUUACAGCACGUCGAGAAGAGCAGUGUCAUAAUCAAAACGUGUCAUCGUGGUAAACUCUGUGUGUGUGUGUG